GAAUGGUGACUCGACUUCCUUCCGGUUCGCUAGGCGGAGGCCGGAAGUGUUGGAUUGUAGCGGCUCUGGUAUUGGAAGCGAGUUAGUAGCGGCAGCCGAGGCAGCGAGGGGGUACCCGAAGCAAUUGGAUUCUUGCGGCUGAGCAGGGAUUUAACCACCACCAUGUCGAGCAAAAGAGCAAAGACCAAGACCACCAAGAAGCGCCCCCAGCGUGCAACUUCCAAUGUGUUUGCCAUGUUUGACCAGUCGCAGAUUCAGGAGUUCAAGGAGGCCUUCAACAUGAUCGAUCAGAACAGAGAUGGUUUCAUUGACAAGGAAGAUUUGCAUGACAUGCUUGCCUCCCUGGGAAAGAAUCCAACAGAUGAGUAUCUGGACGCCAUGAUGAAUGAGGCUCCAGGUCCCAUAAAUUUUACCAUGUUUCUCACAAUGUUUGGUGAAAAGUUAAAUGGCACAGACCCAGAAGAUGUCAUCAGAAAUGCUUUUGCUUGCUUUGAUGAAGAAGCAACUGGUACCAUUCAGGAGGACUACCUGAGGGAACUGCUGACCACGAUGGGAGAUCGGUUCACAGACGAGGAGGUGGACGAGCUGUACAGAGAAGCACCUAUUGACAAAAAGGGGAACUUUAAUUACAUCGAGUUCACCCGCAUCCUUAAGCAUGGAGCGAAAGACAAAGAUGACUGAAAAACCUUCAGAUUCCAGCCAAACAUUCCUUGUUGCUACUUUGGGUAUUUCUGAGACUUUCUCUAAGAGCCUGUUGCAUGCCCUUAGCUUUACAGCCUUUGCCUUUCUUGUUGUAUUUAUUCUCAGCCAUUUGGGGCACAUGCAUCUCUGUAAUCAGACUGGAAAUGAGACUUUUUGUCAUUUUCAGAAUAGAAAAUAGGGUAAUUUAAUUUACCAGCUGUCCCCUCCCUCCCCCAAAUAACUGCAGUCUACACAGAGUCAAUAUAUUUUUUCAGAGAAAGUUAUUCACUCAAUUUUUUCUGAACCAUAAUUAAACUUUAUGAUAAAAACUUA